GUUUGGACGUAAAAAGAAAAGUUGUCAGUUAUAUUUGAAGUAUAGGAAUGCAUUCGAAAAAUUUUAUAUUAGUUAAAAAUGAUAAAAACUUUUCUGUGAUAUUUGACGUAAUUGUUGGAUUAAAAUAAUAAUUUUUUACAUAAACGAAUUUUUGUAAUUAUCUGAUAAAACGUGAGAAGUUGACAAAAUCAGAUUAUACUGGGACGUGUGUGUUGCUUAACAUCUUGUACAAGCAGCUGAUUUGGCAUUUGUCAAAAGAUAAACAAAUUAUACCUUUAAAUUAUAUAUUGAAAAGGAUGCCUCAUAUGGACUUAUUGGCAUACUAAUUAAAUAUAAAUUUUUAUCAAAGAAAUUUAACAAAACUAUGUUAUAUACUUUAUAUUCUUUAUCACAAUGUUCAAAUUGGAAUCCUAUAUAACACCUAUAAUUCUUAGCUAUGUUGCUAAAUAUGUUAAAAAUUUUAAACCAGAACAAUCACAGUUAUCCUUAUGGGGUGGGGAUGCAUCUUUUCAAAAUUUGGAUUUACGAUUAGAAGUAUUAGAGGAACAAUUGAAUUUACCUUUCAAAUUUGUUAGCGGUCAUAUACAUGAAUUAAUGAUCCAUGUUCCAUGGGUAAAAAUUAACUCAGAACCAAUAAUAGUAACAAUUAACACAAUAGAAUGUAUUUUAAAGUUAAAAGAUGAAAAAAAUCCAGGAACUAAAAUAAAUAAUUCCUUGCAAAAUAAAAAAGAAAUGUUUCAAGAACAAGCACCACCUGGAUACAUUAAAAGUAUUAUAACAAAAAUUGUAAACAAUAUAACAAUUCAUUGUAACAAUCUAAUAUUAAAAUAUGUAGAAGAGGACAUUGUGCUGAGUGUAAAUGUUAGGUUUUUAAGCGUCCAAACUGUUGAUGAUAAAUGGAAUCCUGCAUUUACUGAUGUUAAUACUUACGAAGUUAUGCUCAGAAAAAUUGUUACUAUUCAAGAUUUAACAUUAUGCUUAGAUAAAAUGGAUGCUUCUGGAAAAAUAGAAGUGUAUCAGGAUCCUGUUUUAUAUCGAUGUUCCUUGGCCAUACGUUUAAUUGUAAAUUAUCACAGUAAUACUGCUAAAAGAGCAUCCAUUACACGUUUAGAUCUUCACUGUCAAAAAAUGGAAUUCAGUGUGACCGAACAGCAAAUACCAAUGUUACUUAGAUUAGCUUCAUUAUUAGUGGCUUUGCAAACAAAACAAUUUCCAAAUGUUAAAGAAAAAUCAACAAAUUCUGAGGAUAAAGAAGAAUUGGGCCAAGAUGAUAUUAGUCAAAUAAUAGGAACAAUUACUGAAGCAGUAAGCUGGGGUGGCUGGGCUUGGGAUAUAGUUUCAACAGUAUUACCUGUUGAUUGGAUUUCAUCUGGUUUUAUUGAUUGGGAAAACGAUUGGUCUAGUCAACAACAAAUGGCAUAUUCUGGACAUACUAUUCAUUUAGGCAUUUAUAUUGACGAUACUAUUUUAACUUUUAAGGUAGUUGAAAGUGUGAAAGAACAACUAUUUUAUAAAUCCCGAAAGCUUAGAUACAAAUCAUUUUUGUCAUUACGCUUGAAUGGAGUUUUAGUGGAUGUAUUACUUCAAGGUAUAGAAAAGACUAGUCUUCAAAUUGGUCUGGCUAACAUACGUCUUUAUCCCAGAGGUAAUUGUAGUUGUGGGAACCUUGAAGUUGUUGAUGGUGCACAGCCGCCACUAUAUGUAAAAGCAGGAAAAGUGAAUACAGAUUAUUUAAAAGAUUCUUUAUUUGAUAAAAAUGCUUUAGAAAAUAAAGGAAAGAAAAGGGACUAUAAACAAGGGACUAUAAAAUAUCAUUUAAUUACUGCUUCAGAGGAAAAAUUAAUGGAAAGAAGUCCAGCUUUUGUCAUGGAUUAUGUUCAUUAUGUUCAACUCCCAGAUGACAUAACAUCUGAAAAGUUAGCAGAGUUUGGUUCAAAUUUUGAAUAUAGUAACUUUCCUGAAGAAAAAAUAAUUAGAUAUAUUAUUGGAGAUGUGACAGUCAGAUUGUGUUCAGGGAUCUUCCAUCGUAUAGACACAAUAAAGCAAGCUGCUUCAAAAUAUGAUUAUACGCCAUAUAUUAUACCCAAACCUGAUCCUUCUGCUGAAGAACUUCCUCCCGUUACACUAGAAGAAUUUGAAGCUUUAAGAGAACAUGUAUCAAUGAUUAGAACUAGAUUGAUUAUUGUAAAUGCUUCUUUACAAUUUCAAUUGGCGGAUCAUUGUGUUACUGGAUUGCCACGGCAGCGCAAAAUAGUUGAAAAUAGGAUUGUGCCUUUACCACCAGCUUUCACAAAUGAUCCUAUUGUAAGCAUUGAAUUUGAUAAAGCAACUGCAUACAUGAUUGAGCCUUUGUAUCCCUUCAGACUUACUGCUUGUGCUUCUAAACAAACUGGAUUAUUACCAGUUAUGUUUGAACAAUGUCAUCAAAAUAUUAGAAUGCAGGUUGAUGGAAUAAAGAGUCAAUUAUAUUUGACAACAAAUUAUCAUAUAUCGUUAAUGAUGCCAUGCUCAGUAAAAUGUUCUAUUAAAAAACUACUUUAUCCACAAUACUGGACACAUCUAGAUUUAAUUUGUGAAACGUAUACGUUUCAUACCGAUAGUAUUACAGUUAUGGGGACUAAACCAAAAUUGAUGGUUGCCACUUCCAUAAUAACAUCAUUGUUUGAUUCCAUUGAAACAACAAAUCCUCUUGUUUGUUCUUCUCUCUUAAAUGAUGCAUGCCAAGAAAAAAAUCCCAUAUAUCUAGAAGUACUAUUGGAAAAUAUAAAUUAUAAAAGAAUGUCAACAUUUAUAAUGAAUGUGAAUGAAUUAAGUGUAAAUUCUCUUAAAGUUUUUACACUUAGCGGUAUUCAACAAGCAUUUAUACUCUCAGGUCCAGAAUCUGAUACUAACAGUGAAAUGGAAAACAAACCCCUUUUUAUGGCUGUAAUACAAUUUCCUAAAAAGGCUUCAGUACAAACAUAUCCAACACUUAUCUCAGUUCAAGUAGCACCAUUAAGAGGUUCCUUGGAUCCGCUCUUUUUGAAGUGGUUAGAAUAUAAAGUUACUUAUUACGAAUUGGCACCAUUAUGUAUAAUACGUCAAGACAGCCAAUUAUCCGCUGAGGGUACAUCAUCUGAUACUAGUACACGAAAAAAAACUUUUCCAAGUUUGCAUGAAAGUGUCCAUAGUUCUUCUGAUAAAGAUAGAAAAAAAUCUUCUAGAAUAAGUGAAAAGCCAAAAACGCUUCAAAAUGAGGAAAUUCAAAAAAAAAAUGAAUCCAAAAUUGACAUAGAACAAAAGAACUUGCAGAAAUCAGGAGUAUUGGUCAAAUUAGCCGAACUCUAUUCAUGGUGGUCUGGUCUUGUUUUAAGUGGAUGUGUUGGUCAUAUUGUUAUCUAUAUACCAUCGACUACGAUGAGCGGUAUAGGAGCACAUGGUAUAGAACAGGCUAAAAACAGAGCAUUAGAAGAAGAUCAACAUCUACAGAUAUUAAGUUUAAAACUACCAAGUGUUUUGAUUCAUUCAAAUAAUAUUAAUUCUGAGCAAUUAUCACCUUAUCUCAAAACAUUCCCAGUAAAAUUGCCUGUAUGGAUGUGGACAUAUCACGCACAAAGUUUUCCUUGGACAUUAAAUCUUUCUGAUUUUCAUUGUUAUACUUUACAAGGGGAAAUGCAAAAAAAUUUUAUUAAGAAAAUGUCAUUAAAUGCAACUGUAGCUCUUACUACUAAAACUACAACAUCGCAAACAAAUUCAAAUAUUCUUACUGCAUUGAGUCUUUUUGUUCACAUUGAUAAUUCAGCUAUUAUCAUUUCCAUUUCAGAAGAACAGGUUGUGUUCAUGAGCAGUAUAAUACAAAAAAUUCUUAAUAUUUUGCUGAUUACAAGCAAUCCCAAAGAAAGUAAUUCUGUUGUACCUCAUAUCAUUAACGAGAAUGCAGUUGUUUUUCCAACUAUACCACAGACCCCUUCUACACCUACACAGAUUAUAUAUCCAGAAGACACAACUACAAAUUCAACAAUAUCUACAUCAAGAGAUGAUAUUAUUACAGAGAAAGAUAACGUGACUUUGACAGCAUGGAUUCAAUGGACAAUAACAAAAGUAGCCAUUAAAUUAUAUGUUAUGGGACAAGAAAUAAAACCUUCUUUGAAAUUAGUCAUGGAAAUGGAAGACAUUAUUACCUCAUUAGACUUACAACCGGUUUAUCUAAAGUUAAAAAGUAAAAUUACAACAGUUACAAUAUUUCAUUAUACAAGAGCACCAUAUGCACAAAAUUGGGACGUUGGAGAAUACGUUGGUAUAAUUUUGUGUGGCAGAGAAGACAAUUUAGAAAAGGGAGAUGAUUCUGGUUUCUUGAGUUUUACGCUUACACGAGCACAAUCGGGUAAUGUUCAUACUCGUUGGGGUACUUAUAAACGCUACAAAAAUAACAAGAAAGAUGUUAUUACAGAAGCAUUAAUAUCUACAAAUGCAUACAUCUCUGAAAUAGAUAUAAAAAUACAAAUGGUUGACAUUAUUUUACCUCUUAGUAUACUUAGCAAAUAUGUGCAAUUGGCAAAACCUCUUAUUAAUAUAGAUAAAAAAGAUCUAAAAGUAGCAAAGAAUGAUCAACAAGAAAUCAUCACAUCUAUAUUAGUAAAAAUUACAAACAUCAAUAAUGAGUUUUUACCAUUGAUACAUUUAGAAUUUAAAGGACUUAGACUUAUGAUACCGGUAUCAACACCUGCUAGAUAUCAAUUACAACAUGAUUUAUUAAUUUUACAGCUCGAUGGUAUUCGUAUUACACCACAUGCAGAAAAUCCAAUUUGUAGAACACCAUUGCGUUCAGAUAUAUAUCAACAUGCUGCACAAGCAAAUAUAUUAAAUAUACCAGGUUCUGCAGUAGAAGAUCGUCAAUAUGAAAUUAAUGUGAAGGGUAUAUGUGUAUAUAGUACUACGUGGAAGAACUACCAAAUGAGUAUUAAUAAGCGUAUGUCCCAAUCCUAUCUUUAUACAAUGAAUGAGAACCCUGCAUUAGAAUGGAACAAACUUGGAAAUGGGAACAGUUUAGAACCACAUUUUUCUACUUUUCCUGUACUAGCUAAGUUCGAUCUUUGCUUAAUAAUUGCUCCAACGAUCAAAUUGAAACCUGACACAAUAGUUUGUGGAAGUGCUGUGGAAAUAAAUUGUAUGACAGAUAUUGAAAUAACAGUUAAUCUAGAUCAACUUAAAUUAAUUUCCAUCUUAUCUAACGAAUGUAAGACAUUAUUAUCAGGAGAAGCACAGGAGAUCGAAAUUACAGAUGUCUCUAAUGAUAAAAGUGACAAAAAUUCGCCAAUUUUAAAGCAAGUUGCUUGGAUAAAAGACACGUCUGAAGAGCAAGAGAUAGAUGUUACAAAGGAUAGUGGUGUAGACUUUGAAAUGUCUAGUAUAAAUUCAACAAUUGUUGGAAAACCACCAUUCUCAGAAGUAUUAAUGUUACCUCCAUGUGAAUUUCUAAUUAAUUGUGGAAAAAUCACGUUCAUACUUUAUGAAACACAAAGGAUACAUAUCAAUUCGGAAUAUGAAGUAGACAUAAAUGAUGCAGAUGAAGAAGAUAAUGGUAAUUUAAAGCAACCUUUACUUUAUUUAAUGAUCAAUCAACCAAAUCUUUAUCUCUGGCAACAAAAUUUAUCACAAAAGAUGCAAAUUUCUUGUUUUGAUAUGACAAUAGCAUUAGGUGCCAAAGAUGCACAAGAAUUAAGUUCGAUACCAACUGAAAAGGAUUUUAAUAUUUUUAUGAUACAAACAAAAAGUGGCAUACCACAUCCAGAUACUGGUAUUCCACCAUCAUUUGUAAUAAUAAAAUGUGAAAAAUUUCCUGGAAAAAACACUCAUUUCUUUGUGGACAUGGGUCGUCCUACAAAAGUUCAUUUUUCAUUAUCAAGACUAAAUCUAAUAAAUGAUAUAAAUAGUAAGAUUUCGUCAUGUUUUAUUGAUGAAAAUAAUAGAAAAUCAUCCAGGAAAGAUGUCGAUGAUAGGAAAGCUGUCCACGAUAAAUUGUCAUUUAAAAACAAAAGAAUCCAUUUACCAGAUUUAAAUUUAAGUACAAAACAAAUUGUACUUUCGUUAAAGACUAGCUCUGAUUCAGAAAUAAUCCUUAGUUUAGCAACAUUAAAUGGAAAUAUUUCGACACUUUUAAGACCAGACAGAAUAUUUUCAAAUAUAUCCGUCGAUUCUUUUAUUAUAUCUGCCAUUCUUAAUGGAAGUAUAAAAGUUUUAUUAAAACCAUGGUGCUAUAAUGUAACAAUAUGUCUUCUCUGGGAGUCUUGGCAAGAUGUUGAAGCUGUUCCUCAAAUACAAAUACAAGCGGACAGUGAUAGUAUUUAUCUGGAUAUUGGUCCAGAUCAAAUACAAAUUAUAAAGACUGUAAUCGAAGAUUGCCAACUACUUUUAAAUAAUUUUCAAACGUCUAACAUAAAGGAUAAUAGCAAUGAAAUGCAAGUUGUUUUAUCAACUGAACAGCAUUAUAAGGAUGACUUGAAAGCUGGUGCAUUCCAGUUCAUAGAUGGUACAGGAGAUGAGUUACCUUUCCCAUACCAGGUCAUAUUUUUUACUUAUCCUCAACAAGCAAUGGCUUGGAGAUAUCCUCAGCCAAGAACUUUAACGAAAAUACAUGUUUCUCCUGUACCAUUUGAAACAUCAGACAAUGAAGGAUUUUAUACUGAUAGAGUGUCCUGUGCUUUACAAUACUGGAGCGAUAGCCACAUGGCUUAUCAACAUUAUGCUGAUUUUUAUUUAUCAGAAACUGAUACUUAUCGAUUGGAUCUUCCCGAAAAAGCACCAGCACGUGUGGUAGCGUGUGUUUGGCGUGUAAUAUUAAUAAUGCCUAUUAAUAAUUCAGUUUCAAAAACUCUUGUAUCUGCUAGAGCAUUGGCAGCCUGCUUACGCAUUGAUUCUUAUUUUAACUCGUCGAUAAUACCUAAUUUACAAGCAGCUUUAAACAUUGGCAUUAUUCACGUGUCAUUAUACAAUCAUAUAGAAUCAUCUACUUAUGAUUCUUUACUUCAUCCAUUACAUAACUUUACAGUGAAGGGCACUAUUCCAGAAAUGCAAUGUUUCAUGUCAAUAGAACAUAAAGGUGCCAUACUUGUUUUUAAUAGAUGGAUGGAUGGCGCAACGCUUAUCGAUAUUAAUGGUGUAAUCAGUAUUCAUAUAUUGGAUUAUGGUUAUUUAAUUAUGCAAGAAGUAUUGGAUCCAUUAGAUGGAAAAUUUCAAAUUUCUCUGUCAGAUAAAACUGAUAUUAUCGUAAUGUGUAAGCCUUUUUCAUUAAAACUGAGUCCAACAAUAACUCACACUCUUUCUGUAUCUUCUUAUUUAUGGUCCGCAUCGUUAAAUACAAAGGAUAAAGGCGUCAUUAUAUUAACGAGAUAUGUUAUAGCUAAUGAUUGCAAUAUUCCAAUUCGUUUUGGACAAAGCGGUACAGAUGAUAAUGUAUUAUUAGAAACCAGAGAAUGUAAUUUUUAUUCAUGGAGACAUAUUGGCAAUAAUAUGAUACGAAUAUCGAUAGAAGCAAAUGCUUGGAUGUGGAGUCGACCAUUUUCAGUAAAUAAAGAUGGAAUUUAUUUGGUAGAAUUUACUAAUGCAUUGGUCGAUAUGACUAUAUUUGUAAAUAUUACAUCAUUAUCGGCUACGCAAAAACUUGUAACAUUUAGCGGACAGCUCAUAAUUUCAAAUCAAUUAAUGGACAAUUUUGAAAUGAAAUUAGUUAAAUACGAAGCUGAAACUAGUACUAAAGUGACUGUAUCAAAAAAUGCGUAUAUGUUGUUUGGAAAGAGUCAACCAUCGACUAUUGUCAUUGAGAAUAACAAAAAAAUGGCAAUGCGCUUACGUUUCACGAAUAUACCAAAUUUAUCAUGGACAGGAGAUAUACCUCUUCAACCCAAUGCUAAAUUGAGCCAACCGUGGCUCGUGAAAGUGCCUUUACAAGAACGCGGUCAAUUCUUUAGUAUUUGGGUACGGAUAAUAACACAAAUCGUUCAUGAAAAAAUGAAAAUACUUGCUGUAUUGAGUCCACUUUAUAUGAUACGAUCGCAUUUACCAGUACCAGCAAAAGUACAAAUGGAAACACCAUCGUUAAAAAUGUUAUCAAGCACGAUAGUAAACGGACGUGGCGAACGCCAACAAUUGUAUUGCCCUGGUACAUUUGAGCAUUUCCAUCAAUUAACAUUCCAAUUAGAAUCUGGAAUUUGUGCGUCUAAUCCGUAUGUGCCAUUGUCAUACAGUUCAGUGGAUCAAAGAAAAUUUUUUAGAAGACCCGAAAUAGAAGAUAUAGAUAAUAUUCUGAAAGAAUUAGAAAGUCAAAAGGAUGAGACAGGAUGGCCUUUUCAAGCGGAUGAUAUAGCAGAAUGGAUACCCGCGGAACAACCACAAACUCAUGUUCAAGUUAAAUAUCAAGAUGCUGGAUUAGUAUCGAGUACUCUUUUAUUGGAAUUACAACCAUGGUGCUUCAUAUUAAAUUCUUUAGGAUGUUAUAUUUCUCUUGUAUCUGAAGAUACCGAACUUUGUCAAGUUCCUCAUUAUGGAAUCGUGACACCACCAAAAUUAGAAGGCACUUUCCAUUUAGGAGUUGGUAUCGGUGAUACGUAUUAUACUUCACAAGCUCUUCAAUUAGCUAGACCUGAUUGGAGUCAAAGUUUUUAUAUGCCUCGUAUCGGAGGACUCAUUCCCGUCGAGGGCAACAUCAAAACUAUUGUUGAUUGUGGAUCUAGUGUGACUAUAGUCAGUAUUACUUCUAGCAUGCACGAAGAUAUGCGUUUAGUGAGAGUAACGAGUAGUCACGUUAUCGGUAAUUUGACAAAUCAGGAAUUAUGUAUCGCUACACUUGCAGUUGAUGAAUCAUCAAAAGACUUAAAGUUACCGCACGACCUUACUCCUUACAGUCAAAAUAUUCGACCAUCUGAAGAUCAACAUCAAGCUACACCUAUUGUUCAAUGGCACAUGUUGUAUGAAAAUAGUAACAUCGAAUCCCUUGUAUUAUAUAUUUCACUGAGUUUAGGGCACAAAUGGUCUUGUCCAAUUAAAAUUGAUCAGACCAUGAGUCGUAAGUGUGUUGCUAUUCCAAAUGGCUCUACUACCAUGUCAGUAGUAUUAACGAUUCAAGAAGACAAAGGUACAUCGUAUAUUAUGGUUCAAGUUGAUAAUCAUCCUCAGUUAUUGCUAGAGAAUAUGUGUCCUUAUAAACUCUUAUUGGGACAAGCCAAUGAAAAUGCAGAUGGAAUUGUAUCAGAUACACCACAUUUUGCAUGGAUCUGUGAAGUGGAAACUGGUGCUGCAUGUCAUUAUUCUCUUCCAUGCAUUGGUAACAGAUUACCUGAUACUUCUGUACCAACUACAUGUAAUAUACUGUUAUUAUCUGCAUUACCUAAUAACGAUGAAGCAAUACAACGAAAGGAAUUGCAAUGGUCACGCGGCAUUAGUCUCUCUGCAUUAACAAAUAUUCCUAUGGAUCAUUACGUUCGAUUACCUUCUUAUGGGGACGUUAAAUUGAUAAUGCACAAUCGUUGCUAUACCACACAUAUUAAUGUCGUUCCUAUCUCACAAAUAGAGGUAUCUGCUAGGGAUAUUAGAAAUCGAUUAAUGCAUAAAGAACAUAAAAUGGAUGAAAUUGAAAUAAUUUCAAAGAAUUUCAAAACUUCAACAGAAGAUAAUAAAGAAUUAGUUAAUAUACAAUAUUCUAGUAGUUCAACAUCAGCAACUAGUUUUUUCUCAGCACAAGAAGAUGCUUCUGUAACAGAUUCCUCUAUUUCAUCGCAAACCAACUUAAAACAAUUAAUUCCUCAAGAAAGUAAUAAUAAGAAUCAUAAUAAUUAUAAUCAAUUGAAAUUAAUAAAUGAAACUAAUGCAACAACCAACAGGGAAGGUUCUGCAACUAUAUAUUUUCAUGGAAUUACUAUUAUUAUAUUAAAAGAUAUUAAUAAGAAUGGUCAAAGAACUGAAGUUGCAAGUUUGUCCAUGACAGAUUUAAUCGUAACAUUACACGCGAAACCUACCUUUGUGAACCUUUGUAUAUGUAUAGGAGAUUUACAAUUAGAUAAUCAAGUAUUUGAUCAAGGAGGUUUUGAUUUUCCUGUGGUAUUAAUCAGUCAGAGUCCACUUAUAACUAGAGGAACGACGUUUUAUCCAUCUAACUGUUUAAUAAGUAAUAUGGAACAAAUUAAAGAAAAUUCUUUGAUAACUGCUGAUUAUGUUUGCGAAAUAAAUGGUGAUAUAAUAGUGUCAAAGGACUUACAUUUGAAAUUUGCACCUAUUAGUGCUUAUAUCGAAGAUACGUACAUAAGUCAUUUAUUAGAUUAUGCAAAUUCUAUGGUACCGCCACGGUUUAGUGCGCCAACAAGCACAUUAAAGAAAAUUCAACCAGCAUUGAUAUCAACAACUCUUUAUGUAUCAGAUUAUAUUAUGAUCGAUGCUAAAAUAUUGAGUGCACCAUUAAGAUUGCAAAAUUUUAGAAUAGAUCCAGUAUCGAUUUUACUCAGUGUACAUACCUCCGUACGUUUAUACGUGGCAUUGGAUCAUUCACCGUUAUAUUUUAGCACUUUUGAAAGGAAAAAUAUUUUAACUACACCCUAUAGGCUAGGGAAUGCACUUACUAUGCAUUAUUUAUCUGGUGCUAUAUUUGGUGCAGGUUGGGUGGUUGGAUCCUUAGAAAUACUUGGAUCCCCAGGAGGCUUAGCACAAGCACUUGGUUCAGGUCUUAGAGACUUCGUUUCUCUUCCAUUUCAAGGUUUAUUGCAAGGACCUUGGGGUUUUAUCGUUGGCAUAACACAUGGAUCUGCUAGUUUAAUGAAGCAUAUCACAGCAGGUACUGUUAAUUCUGUGACAAAAUUAGCAUCUAGCGUUGCUCGAAAUUUAGAUAGAUUAACGUUAGAUGAAGAACAUCUUCAACGUCAAGAAGAAGCCAGAAGAAUGCGUCCACAGGGUAUGGCUCAAGGACUUUAUCAAGGAUUAACUGGAUUUGGUAUGAGUAUUCUUGCUGCUGUUGCUGGAUUGGCACAUCAUCCUUUACAACAGGUAUGGUCAGGUGAAGCAACAACUAAAAGUUUAGUUACAGGUGUUGGACUUGGAUUAGUUGGUGUAGUAACAAAACCUCUUAGUGGAGCUGCAGAAUUAGUUGCUCUUACCGGACAAGGUUUAUUACAGGGUGCAGGAUGGAAUCCUUUACCUCUGCCUCGACAACAUCCAGUGGUUCAGUAUAGCAGUGGUAAUAAUAACGCAUCUAUUCGAUAUGCAUGGCGUUUACUACCCCUGUUAGAAAACACUCGUGAUAAUAUUCUGCAUGUAGCGAAUGCAGAUUAUGUUUUACAACAAGGAAAUAAUCGUGCUGUAACUUUAGUUCUCACGCGGCAAGCAUUAUUACUUGUUAAUAUAGCUGAAGAUAGCGUGGAAAAGAUAUUGCCUUUAAAAGAAUUAACCAGUAUUGAUCAUUCUUCAGAAUCAACAAUGCUUUGUUUAUAUUGUCCACCGACAAUACCACAAAUUAAUAGAACUUUAUCGCCCACUGAACAUGAGAUGGAUCAAGAAAUGAGAGCAAGGGUUGCAGAAUACGUACGUACAAGCAGCACUGGCUUAGCUAGUUUAUCUACAAAUAGUGACGGACAAUCUGACAUUUUAGAAACACCAACAACAAACUCUGAUCAUAUACUUACUUUUUAUGUCAGCCCCGAAACACGUAAUUAUUUAGUAUCACUUUUUAAUAUUGCUAAACGACAAAGUCAAGGUAGUGGAUUUACUGUGUUAUAAAUUAUCGAAAAUUGAUAAAAGUAAUUUCAAAAAAAUAUUGUCGAUCGUAAAAGUUUAAUAUCGAACGUUUUUUAUUAUAAAAGUAGAAAAAUUUAUAUAUUAAUA